GUUGCUCUCUUGCAGUGCAACCCUCUUUGGCUCUGCUGCUUAGCAACAAGCAUUUACGAGCUAACUAGCCGCCUGGUAGCUACUCCUGUGCUCCCUCCACAGUUGUCCUCUGUCAUGCACAAAAUGUCCGCGUCAUUCACCGGAGCGGACAGCUGUUGAUCAAACCUCGAUUCUUGUGGCUGCGCUGCAGUUGUUUUGCUGGUAGAUUCCAUCGUAGGGCGGAGUUGAGCUCACUGGGGAGCGAAGCUAACGGUGGCUGUGAUAGCGCUGUAGCGUUUCCUCGGUUCGCAGUCAUGUACCGCAGCUUGGCGAUGUGAUCGCUGGUUUCCUGUAGUUUGGAGAGACGACGUGAGUUGCCGUGUUGAUUCAAGAGGGUGAGUUGUCUUGGGUCAUUGCCACCAUGCUGGAGGAGGACAUGGAGGUGGCCAUCAAGGUGGUUGUGGUGGGGAACGGCGCUGUUGGAAAGUCCAGUAUGAUCCAGCGGUACUGCAAAGGUAUCUUCACCAAGGACUACAAAAAGACCAUCGGGGUGGACUUCCUGGAGAGGCAGAUUUUCGUCAAUGAUGAAGAGGUGCGGCUGAUGUUGUGGGACACUGCCGGUCAGGAGGAGUUUGACGCCAUUACAAAGGCGUACUACAGAGGGGCUCAGGCCUGCGUGCUGGUCUUCUCCACCACUGACCGAGAUUCAUUUCAGUCCAUUGACAACUGGAAAGAGAAGAUUGAAGCAGAGGUUGGGGAUAUUCCUACAGUUCUUGUGCAAAAUAAAAUCGACCUUUUGGAGGAAACUGUCGUCAAAAACGAGGAGGCCGAAGCUCUGGCUAAACGUCUGAAGCUCAGGUUCUACCGAGCAUCAGUGAAAGAGGAUCUUAAUGUGAACGAGGUUUUUAAGUACUUGGCCGAAAAGUAUCUUCAGCAACUCAAACAGCAGACAGCUGAGGAGACUGAGGUCACCCACUCGACUAGCAAUAAAAUAGGUGUCUUCAACACCACAUCGAGUAACACCUCCAACCAGAUCUCCAGCAACGGCAGAGAAGUCAUCACACUACGUCCCAACAAACAAAGAACCAAGAAGAGUAAAAACAUCUUCGGCGGCUGCAGCCUGCUUUAGUAGCAGACCAGCAUAAAGUAGCCACAUGUAGAGACCAAAGCCAGUCCAGACUGGGGGACGCUAUAAUAUUCAAAUAACCUGAUUAAUAAUCUCCAUCAUUGUGAUGUUUUGUCUCCUUGGAUCAGUUGUCCACUUCGGAAGGCUCAGGGUUGAUAAGGCAGAGCGGAUCACCUUCCGGACGGAUGUUUUAGAACCUUGAAUGUAGUUAGAAAGAGGUAUAUUUUACUCCACAGUCAAACUGGAACAUCUACGACCGCUUUAGUAUGUAUUUAUUUUAACUCCUUUUACGUCACAUAGAUCAUUUCAGCUGUGCAAUACGUAUGUAUGUUUUAAUGACACGGAUAUUUUUCUAAAACCCUACUGUCCUAAUGAUACAUACAGAGUUGAGGCUCUAUAUCCGAGUAUUUUUGUACAAGUGUUGAGUGAAGUGUUACACAGUUUCUGUUUAACAUAGUGCCAAAUUGAGUGGGAUAAAAGCUUGAUAUGAUGCGGAAUGUAACUUUCACGUGGAACCAAAUAUGACUGCGGAGGAAAUAUUGUGGGUGUAUACGUGCAUAUUUGGUGACAGGAUUCCAAGCCUCUAUGUUGUAAUCUUUGUUGCUGUCAUCUGUUCGAUUGGUGCGGAUUUAAGACGAAUCAUUUGUAAAUAUAUCUGAAUGCAUCUUAAUGUUGGAAAGAAAAGACUUUGUAAGUGGCUAAGAAGUUGAUUGUGUUUGUGUGAAUAUGCAAAUGUUUGGAGUCGAUUCUUACCGAAACUGGCAGAGAACUUAUGUGAAUGUAAAACGCCCUCUCAAGCACAACUAUAACCCAGAAGCUUCUUUGCUCGUAAUGCUAUCGUGGAUUUCCAUUCACGCAUAUCAAAAUGCAAUGGAAAAUCCGGAAACAAAGGCUAGCAGACGUCAGUGUUGAACCAGGAUGAUGUCGUCUCCAUUUUUAUCUUGAAUCGUGCUCUUAAUAAUGUGGUGAAUUGUGUUUGCAUGCUGGGUUUUACGUUCAAGUGAGUGUCCAUUCAUGGUUGCGAUGCCAAGAUGCCUUAACCAUGUUUACAUUCUCCACCACUCUUCAACAGGAAGUGUUUGUUUCAGAAGUGUAACCUUGAUUUGUGGGCCUUUUCGACUGAAUGGAUUCUGUGCACUUUAUCUGUAAACUGUAGAGACUAACCAUGUGCUGUCACUCAGGUGUCGAUGUUGUGUCUUGAUGUGUCUCACACAUGCGCUGGAUCCGACAGUAACGGCAACCCUCGUCGGUUUUCCGUUGUAUAGUAACAUAACUCGCACAUAACGUACCACUGCUUGCAACGCAUCUGUGUUACUGGUAUAAUGAAACCACCUCCUGCGAGGAGAGCAUCUUGAGGGUACUCUGAGAUGAGUGAGAUUUACUUUCGCCUUGGUUUUGA